AUGAUAGCUCUUCCUACCGACAUUAUCCUCAUGAUAGUAGAUACCAUCGACGAGUUCAAGGAUCGUCGUAAGCUCUUGCAGGUCUGUCGCAGCUGGAGAAGCCUGUUGCUUGCCAAGGUCUACUCAAAAGUUACGCUUGGCAAUGAUGAAAGCCUAGUCCCUCUGGCAUAUGCCGCUCGCCUUAACCGGUCGAUAGGAGCUAGUGUCCGAGAACUGAGAAUUACAGACCUCUGCGGUAAAGCUGACAAGAAUGGCAUCUAUGAUCCUGAACUCUUCCGAGAACUUAUCAAACCCUUCACGGCGACCCCUGAAGAUAUCUCAGAAUGGGAAGGUGCCUUAGAAGGUGGAGAUGAACAAUUGUGGCUUGUUCUAGUUUUGGUAUCUCUCAAGAAUCUCCGAUAUCUUGAGAUGCGUCACUAUUCGUAUGCCUGGGAUCUUACAUUACGAUCUCUCGCGCAAUUAGCGUGUAAUUCAGUCCGUGUUUGGGGUUAUGCACCUUUAUCGCAUCUCGAAGAGGUCACCAUUAUGUCGGAGACAGUCUAUCAAAACUUUCCAGCCAUACGAUUUGCUCCGUUUUUUAAAUUACCGGCUAUGAGAGUGUUCCGUGCUGCUGGGGUCCACGAGGAACAUGAAGGGAAGUAUGCUGAGUUUCCGAUUCCUCUGAAUCUGGAGCAUAAAUCCUCUCAAGUCAGGGAGAUUAUUCUGGACCAUUCAAACUGCAGACGUGGAAUGAUCGAGUAUAUCUCAUCGUGUGCCAAUCUGGAAUACUUCGAGUAUCAGCACUCCAACGCUGCUAAUCACGGGGAUGUGUGGCUAGAUUUUCGGCCGAGGCGAUUUCACGCCGCGUUGUUUACCCAGAAACAUAGUCUGCGUGUGCUGCGCCUGAACGACUGCGGCAUUACAAGAGGGGUAGACGACAUUGGCAUGGAAGAUGAGGGUAUUUACUCGGGGGACGAUGUGGAAAUUGAUCCUUGGUUCGGCAGCCUGGUCGAUUUCACGGAGCUACGAGAACUGCGCAUACCCGUGCGUAAUCUCUUGGAUUUAGACAACAGACACCGUGGCCUGGGCUCCUCCUUGGAUGAAAUUCUCCCGUGCGGCUUGGAAUAUCUCUGUCUGGCUAAGACUGACCAUGCCGAGUUUGAUACUGUCGAGCCUCAGCUGCGCAGACUACUUGCUCUCCGGGGUAAAUGCUUUCCUGCCUUGCGAAAGCUGGUGAUUCAGCUUUACCAGAUGGAGUUAAUUCCGGGAAAAGAGCUUAGCAGUGCUAAGAACGAGGGUAAUUGUCGGAUUCCACUCAGCACGAAGGGCGUAUUCGAGGAAGUAAGGAGAGUGUGUGUGACAGAGGGUGUUGAGUUCCUCUUUGCCUAUGAUGGGGAAUAUCAAGUACUGGCUGAUGGCAAACUGGUUUGUGACACCGACGGAGCUUAG